UGAAUGGUUGAUCCAAGUUCAUUUGGCACGUGUAUUCUUGAGGAUGAUAUGUAUAUUCGGUUUACAAGUUCAGUAACGAUCAUAUUGUAGGUUGUGUAAAAGAUAAAUUGUAUACGACUGUAUUUUCUAGUUUUGCUAUCAUUAUGACACAAUUUGGAAACAUGACAGCUGAUCAGCUGUUAGCUGCUUCUAAUGUACUUUCUAGGUCCGCAGAAGAAUUUGAAAAUGACGCAUCUGUGGAAGUAAUGUGGACAAUGCAGGCAAUGGAACACGCGGAAGUUUAUUUUAAUAUUUUAUGUUCCGUUGAUCCAAAACUUCUGAGACUCACACCUUAUGAUGAUCAUAUUUAUAAAACAUUUAGAGAAGCAUUUCCAAAUCUGAAGGUAGAUAAAAUAAAUGAGGAUGAAUUAAAAUCCGAUGAAGGCAAGCAAAAAUGGCGUCCUUUCUGUGAACAGUUCGAAGACACUGUAGAGGAUUAUAGUUUUGGAACAUUAUUAAGAGGAGACUGUGAAGGUGAUUAUUCAGAGGAAAACAGUAUAUUGACCACUAGAAUUCAAUUCUAUGCUAUUGAAUUGGCAAGAAAUAGAGAAGGUCUUAAUGACGGUAUAAGAAGCAAGUACAAGCUAAAGAAAACUAAUGACAAAUCUUAGCUUGUAACAAUGAUUAUGAUUUUCUUAUGUAAAAUUAACAUAACAAUGAGAUUAACAAUAGUACAUAAUAAUUUCUUGACAUUUUUAUACAUUCAUGAUUAAAAGAUUCUACAUUUUAAUAAAAUGUUACACACAUUAAAAAUA